AUGAACUGCUGUUGCUCGCGCAUCAUCGCCACGAGCGAGGCGAACAUCUGCUGCACGCUGUCCGCGUGCUGCAUCGCUGCUUCAUUCAUGUUUGCGCCUACGCUAGCCACGCACUCCCUGGAGCGCUGCUUCCGACAAUGUCCCCCAACGAAGUCACAGACGCUCGACCUGGAGAUCUGCUUCCGACAAGUACCAACCACUUGCUCCAGUGCCCCGAAGGAAGCAACUGGUGCAAUUCCGUCCGGCGCUAGCUCGAGCCCGCCUCGGAGCACAAAGACUCCUACUACUAAACUCGUAACGGCCACCGACGCAGAUGUUACACUCGGCUGCGCACUGUUUGCAAGUGACAGCCGAGGCGACAAGCGGAAGAUCGAGGUGGGUGCCGCGUAUGGACACGCGGAAAAAGAAAAGGAGCGAGCUCGGCGAAAAUGGAGGCCCCGUCGGCGACGAGCGGACGAGGCUGCGGACAAGGUCACGCACGCGGCGCACCCGGAGAAGUUGAACGGCGAGAGGUACAGGUGCAGCACACCGAAGAACGGAUGCGAGGAAGACGGCGUGCGCAACGGCAACGCGGGACGGACUAGGCUGGACGGCGUGCACACCGGCGACGCGUGGCGGCACUGGAACUGGAACCGGAACUGGACUGAAGCGCGCGUCGGCUUCGCAAGUGCUACCAAGUAUCAUUACAUCCUUGGUACUCACUCGUAA